UCCGGUUACCUGCAUGCCACUCGUGCUCAACUCCAUUCCCUCCAGCCAGGCAUGACCAGCUCCAUCCAUGUGGGGCUGAUUGGUGGCAGCAGCUCCGGGCUCCCUCCUCCCAUCCCCACUGUAGUACAACAUCGCUCCUGCUGCCAUUCUCCACAUGUGGCAUCUACAGAAGGCAGACUUUCCUUCUGCUCAUGGCCAUUGGAACACAUGGCAGCAACCUGGGAUGCUGAGGUUCUGCCUUUAGCCCAGCCUUAAGAACAAGACCUGGGCACUGAUUUUGCCAUGCCACUGGAUAUACCGACACCUGCUGGGAUGAGGUUUUUCCUCCAGUAUGUAGGCUGUUUUUUUGCUUUUUUCUCUACUGGCUUUUUGAUAGCAUCUACCUGGACAGACUGCUGGAUGGUGAACGCUGAUGAUUCCCUGGAGGUGAGUACAAAAUGCCGUGGUCUGUGGUGGGAAUGUGUCACAAAUGUUUUUGAUGGGAUCCAAACAUGUGAUGAGUAUGACUCCAUCUUCGCUGAGCACCCUGUGAAGUUGGUGCUGACCCGAGCCAUGAUGAUCACAGCAGAUAUCCUGGCAGGAUUUGGAUUUCUCUUCCUUGUCCUGGGACUGGACUGUGUGAAAUUCCUUCCAGAUGAGCCACUUAUCAAGCUGCGUAUCUGCCUGGUGUCUGGAGUUACCUUGCUCAUUGCAGGUCUCCCAGGCAUCACAGGAUCGAUGUGGUAUGCCAUUGAUGUCUACGUGGAGCGCUCCUCUUUGGUCUUCCACAACAUCUUUCUGGGCAUCCAGUACAAGUUUGGCUGGUCAUGCUGGCUUGGCAUGGCAGGAUCACUCGGCUGCUUCUUAUCUGGGUCCUUGCUCACUUGCUGCAUGUACCUUUUCAGAGAGACCAGCUCUGGAAGGCUCCACUCCGCAUACUCCUUGAGGAAAGGCUAUUCCUCUGCUGGGACGAUUGUAACAAAUGUGCACUUGCCAUCCUCACAAACAGCAACUGCCAAAAUGUAUGCGGUGGACACAAGAGUGUGAGAAGGAACUUUGGCUCAUCGCUAUCAGUGCAAGUGAAAUAAAUCAGCUGCUCCCACAUCAGCCACCAGUUUUCAGCAUGAAUUACCUCAAACUGUAUGACAGAUCCCAAUAGAUGGAACUACAAGUUAUGGGUGAACUGAUGAAUUCAGAUUAUGCCAAGAAGACACAUUGAGAUCUGGAGGUGAUAGGCAUUUCUGUUACUCCAGCUUCCUGGAGUAGUAGAGGAAGAGCAAUCUAGAAUCACCUGCUAAUAAAUAUAUACUUGCAGAUCUCAGACCGUUGAUUUCUCCUGCUCCUUUCCUGGAGUAUGUUGUAGCUGGGGAGACUUCUCAGCCUUCAUCCUAAUGGUCUUCAGCUUGUUUUUGGGUCAGGCCAAGCAAUGGCUCAGAGGACACUUUGGGGCUGACCAUCUGUCCCUCCAGCUUUGUGCUUCUCUAGGAGCACACAUGCAUUUCCCAAAUACUGGCUUAACUCAGGGUGCAAAUUCCUCAAAUAUACACGUAUACAGAAAUGAUUACAUAAACACAAGACAUUUUUGCCUUCAGUAUGCAUGUAGUAUAAGGGUUAAUUCUGUUCUCUGCACGCUAAUUGUUAGCUUUGGAGGAUCCAUCUCCUGCACAAGAGGGCUAAGUAAAGGUCACAGCAGCCCUUAGGUUUGCUGGGUUAAUGUUUUGUAACAGCCAGUCCAAUGUUGAGUUGCUUCAUUUGAAUCCUGCUGACAAUCUAUGUGAUGUUUUGAUCAGUUGUUAAUAUGUGAUGGUUCAUGCACUGAUGGAUUGAACUCUGAAUUUGAUUUCAUGACUACAGUGUGUAGUUCUCAUUAGUUCACUGUCAUGCCAUGAUGUCAAUCUAUUUUAGUUUAGUUCUUUACUCAUUAGCAGUAAAUCCUCCAGGAAGAACAUAAGAUUUCCUUUCUCUUUCAAAAUCACAACUGGUCCCCAAGACUGAAGACGUUGCAGGUGAGCUCAAGGUAAUAAGCUGCUUUCUUUAGUUCUUCCAAGUUCCUAUCAGGGCAGCCUAUUGGUGUUCUGGCUGGAUGUUGGUUACAGAGGGCAGCAAUGUCUUAGCUCUUUGCUAAGGUGAUUUCAUGCUCUACAAAUAGAUAUUGAUUACCCAUUCUGAUGUAUGCAAGCAAGAGAGAGAUAAUAAAAUGAUGACAUCUACAAUAGCUGUUCUUUCCUGCUUGCAAUAAAUUGUCCUUUCACUGUCUUGAUCAGCCUUGGCCAGAAGGGCUCUUAUAGCAGCUCUGAUGCAAACUCACUCUUUGUAAUGGUCUUUGAAAGAAGCAGACAGGAAUAGUUUGCUCUUACAUGGGAGGGUGUGCAGUUUAGUUUUACCUACCUCCCCUAGGAGUAUCUUCAUUCACUGCCUUUGCCCACUGCGCACUGGCACAAGAACUUGCAUGCAUCACUCCUAGAAAGGGACUCAGAGUACACCAAUAUAUUGAUGAUGUAUUGGUUGGGGGCCUUAUGUCGCACCUGACUGGAAGAACAUAAUCCACCUGCAUCUGAAAGAUAAUAAAGGGCUGUGGGAUGCUUGGCAAGUAGCAUUCAAGAUCAGGCUGGAUGGGGCUUUGAGCAACCUGGUCUAGUGGAAGGUGUCCCUGGGUUGGGAACUAAAUGAUCUGAAAGGUCCCUUCCAACCCAAACAAUUCUAUGAUUCUAAGAUUAUAUUCAUCCAUUUUGGCUUUCUGAAGGGAAGCAAUAUGUAUUAGUAGGGGUUGAGACUGUGUCAGAGUUGACCCAGGUCAAUCAGUCUGAGAAGAUAACACCGUGAGGGGUUUGAAGCUCUAGUUUAGCUGUUUGCCCAAACCUCAAACAAUACAAUCAAAUAAUGAGAGUCAAUUUACUGACACGUCCAAGAUGAAGAGAUUCAGUGGAUAUUCCACACCCCCUAUUACCCUUAAGCGAAUGUUAUCAUAGUGGGAUACAAAUAAACAUUUACUGAUUGUUAGAUGUCAUUUCACCUUAAUUUAGCCAGAGAGAAUUUUGAAACUUCAGUGACCCUGAUUGGAUCAUGAAAUUCUUAUCCUGUCCUUGUGAACUAAUGUAUCUUCAUGCAUGUACACUGAUAUUUUCUAAAAUAGGGAUUUUGCUGCUUUUCACAUGCACUGAUAUUUCUGUGAAUUCAGUACAUCUGACCUAUUAUUUUCAUUAGAUAAGAGUGUUUCUUUAGAAUUCUGUGUUUCUUUAGAAUUCUGUUUUCCUUACAUACUGUCACAUUGCUGAGAUACAAUAAACACAGUUGCCUUUG